AUGACUUUCAGCACGGCGUUUCAUGCCGACAAAUCUCCUCUUGACAGUCAUUCAGUCAUGCAUCGACCUAGCACGGUUUCGGGAGAGGAAGGGAUGCUUACAGGAAGUUUAGGAGCCAAGUUAAAAUGUUCAUCACCGAUAUCACGACUGAGAGUGGAAAAAAUCGAGGGUGGAUUGAUGGUUGCUGGCGUUGUUAUUGCCGCAAACUGUCAGAUUGCACUUCCUGCAUUCGGUUUCCUCUUCAUGUUUGUUGGAGCAGUUUUAACUGCCGCAUCUUACCGGGGUCCAGGUGAAGAUGAAGACAAAGAUUCUUAUGCAGCCAGAAUAGCAUUUACCGGAAACUCGAGAAUCUUGGGCCCGAUUUGCAUCGUCGUCGGAGCGUUGAUGUUGGGACUCGGGGUGCUGUUGUGCAUGCUGACCAGACGUGCAAGAAAAAGAGAACGACGGGUGGGCUUCCAUUGUCCUCUUCACGGGGAUUUUUAUCCACUGGGGCCUGUUAAGGGUGUCGGACUUCUCGGUAAAGAAGUGGGUCGAUGGCCGAAAAUUCCUUGCUUGAAAAAUCGCUCAGACGGCAAAACAAUGAACAGUUUCAUGGGAUCUCACAUGGGUCCGCCUCAGUGUCCUCAUUCUGUUCUAAGCAGCACGAGAAGUUCUGUCAGCAGUUCGCCACUGAGUCCGUGUCCAACACCAAUGCCGUUUCUUGUCACCUCGGGAUCUGUCAGCAGCGGGAUGGUACAGAGCGUCGGAGCAAAUCUGUCGCCAGACCAGACUUUUGGAUCGAUCCGAUCUCUCUCGGUGACCCGAGAAGUAGCAAGUUUCCCACUAUCAAGAACACCGACACCACCGCCUCAACACAGUCCGCUUCGUGAAUCUUCGCCUCGACCAGAAAUUCGAGUAGUAGCGCCGUCUCAUCGAGCAACAUCGGCCUUAGUAACAAAUUUAUCAUCAUCAUCAUCCAUUGGAAGUAUCCAAUCAAACCGUAAAUCCGUAAGCAUUUUACUUCCUGAGCACAAUACCGCUGGAUGA